CUCGACUUUCAGAUAAACAAUGAACGUGGAUUCAUCAAUGAUGUAGUACUCAUUCUCAAGUUCCCUUAUAGGACUCCAUAUCAAACUUUUCAUUUAUAGAACAUGGUCACAACUGAAGUAGAGCAGAAGGGAAACUGAAAUGAGUACUAAUCACUUAUUAUAAGGCAGCACCAACUCAACUUUCAUAUAAGCAUUGAACGGACAUAGACUAUGUUUUUUUGGAUUCAUGUACUCAUUCUCAAGUUCUCUUCUAGGAAUCCAUAUACUAUUUUCUGUUCAGAACAGGGGGGCAACUGAAGUGGAGUAGAAGGGCAACUAGAAUAAGGCAAUCACUUGUUAUAAGCAAUAUCAAAUCAGCUUUCAGAUAAACAUUGAACUGACAUUGACUAGAUAUUUGAUGGGUUUAUCUAUGAUGUAGUAAUCAUUUUCAAGUUUGCUUCUAGAACUCCACAAAGGAAUUCCCAUUUAUGAAACACUAUCGUGACUGAUGAACCUGAAGUGGGGCAAAAGGGCAACAGGAGCGAGUAACUAAUCAUCUUAAUCCAAGACAAAAAACCAUACCCAAUUUCAUACAAGCAUCAAAGACAUGUACCCUAUAUUUUCUGGACCUAUCUAUCAUAUAGAAAGGAUUGAGCAAACACUGUCUAGCCACACCCACAAUUUGAUCAUGAUAGUCCAGAAGUACAGGGCAGUAGGACAGCAAGACAAAGCAUCAUUGAACAAGCAAUAAGGAGUAACUGAAACAAACGGCAUGCACAUCCAUUCAAAUUCUUAACAUAAAAAAAAGGGCAGGAGAACAAUACUAGAGAAAGAUUGGUCCAGCCCAGAUCGCGCCAUGUUUCCGGAAACACGCAAAAACUCAUCCUGUAAGGGAGCGACGACCACGAGUACCAAAAAACCCUAACCCGCGCUAAUCAUGUCGAAACCCUAACGAAAUUCCAUGGACUGUGGGUUGAACGGAAAAAUCCUUUCUCGGCGCCCGAGAUUCGGCAGAUUAAGAAGAAAGUAACAUCGGGAUUCCGAAUUUUCCGAAAGAGGCACAAAAGGAAAUCAGGCAAGGGAAUUACCAAACUGAAAAUCUCCGACGCAAAGCAGACAUUAUCAACGAAACGCGCUUAACGAACUAUCGAACCCCAAAUCUCCACUCCACCGCCUCCAGACGAGCCCUCUCAAAACUCCAAUCCAGAUUUUAGAGUAGAGUGACCGUUGCAGAAGGGCGGGCAACGAUGUUAUUAAUAGUGCAGAGGUACCGCCUCAUAAUAUGAUUAACGCGGGUAAAACGCGGAGUAGAGUAAAUUACUACCGUGCCCUUCACUUAUCUUCGUUACUGCAAACAAUGAGCAUCUAUUUCCCCAAAAUGCCCUUAUUUUUAGGCUCCAAAAUGUUUAAUUCUGACGUGGAGAGAAAGCGUUUAAUUGGGCCGUCACCGUCAGGACUUAGACGCCCGAUGGGCUACUGGAGUUUCCAUUUGGGCCCAAACCAAUUAAUUGUCUAUUUUUAUAAUAAUAAAUAAAUAUUAUAUAAUUCUAUCCGGAGUAGCUUACUGCUGUAACAUAUAUUUUGGUCCUUAUCGAGUUGUGCUGGGCCCCAGCCCAACCAAGCUCGCUCGCUAUCUCACUUCCGUCUCCUCUUCUCUCCGACUGUUAAUUCAGUUCGGAACUCUCAAGUCUCAACGCCUUCCCUCUCUUCCCAAAACUCUGCUCUGUCUCUGUCUCUGCUUCAAAGGUUCCUUCCGGCUUGACUUUCAACUUGCCGGCAGGCGGCAACCAUGGCAUCAACGUCGUCUCCCUGCGUCAAACCCAACACUGUAGCUACGGCUGCACGUAUUCCGUCUCAACCGCCGGACUCAGCUCAACCUCAGAGGCUCUCCUUCCCUAUCGUUUCCCGCCCUUCCCUCUCCCUCUCCGUCCGACCUACAUUCUCUGGUUUUCAGUGGCCCAGCAGGAAGCAGUCUUCUGUAACAAAAGUGCACGCACAAGCGAAUAAGUUAUCUGCUGAGGAAUCUUCGAAUUCAUCUCCUCCGGCAGACAGCAAACGUGAAGGUAGAAUUCCAGAUUCAGCAACAGUGGCAGAGUGCAUGGCUCAAGUAGCAGAUCUUGUCAAGCUUGUGGAUAAGAGAGAUAUUGCAGAGCUGAAAUUGAAGCAAAUGGACUUUGAACUUAUUAUAAGGAAAAAACUGGUUUUGCCACCUGCUGCUCCUUUCACGAUGAUGCAAUCACCAUAUCCACAAGCCAUGGCACCACCACCACAGCCACAACCAACAGCUUCUCCUGCUCCUGCAGCUCCAGCUUCAGCACCUAGCUCGCCUCCUGCUGCAAAGACUAACCCUUCUUCUCAUCCACCGCUAAAGAGUCCAAUGGCUGGCACCUUUUAUCGCUGCCCGGGCCCAGGCGAACCACCAUUUGUGAAGGUAGGAGACAAGGUGCAGAAAGGUCAGGCCCUUUGCAUCAUCGAGGCCAUGAAGUUGAUGAAUGAAAUUGAAGCUGAUAAGUCUGGAACAAUAGCUGAAAUUCUGCUUGAAGAUGGAAAACCAGUUAGCUUGGACACGCCUUUGUUCGUAAUUGUCCCAUGAAGGACAGCUGAUGAACUUCUCACCUGUCCGUGGCAAGCAGCACUGAAGAAACUUUUCAGAAGUUGAACUUUCCAAGUCAGACUCUGAGCUUGCAGCUUGUAGUAUAAGCCUGUUUUCGAUCAAUGUAUGGGAAACUUGUUUCCUGUUGGAAAUGUACUAGAAGCCUCGGAAGAUUUUAUCUAAGAACAAUAGUUUUUGGAGUGAAAUUUUGGUAAUUUAUCAUGUAGCAUAAGGCUCUUCUUUUUUCAGUUGUGAACUAGAGUUUUGAAACAGUUUUUCAUGUGUACACUAUGAUAGCUUCUUAUUGCAAAAUCAGUAGAGAUUGUAAAAAAAAAUCAGUAGAGACAAGGGAAGAAAAACAGAUCUUAAACUUUAAAUCAAAUGCCCUUUAAAGUGACACCUUCAACUGAUGCUGCUGGUGAAAGCACUAUCGAAUUUGCUGCAUCAAGAUCCAUUCUUUUGUUUACUGUCCCAACUAGCACCUUGUGGGGGCAGAGUGGCUCUUACCACCUUCCAUAGCCAUAGGUUGCUAGUUUGAAACAGCUUACACAACUCAAGCUUUUCCACCUAAUUUGAUGAGUAUGUCAACUAUUUUAGGUCAAAAGCUUGAAGUUCAUUGACAACAAUUAAGUAGAUGAUUUGCUAUAAAUAUUUUUCGAUCUAUCACUGCUAAUAUACGAACGACUGUACC